AUGCUGCGGGUGCGCGGGGCCGGUCUGGGCGCUCGGCUGCUCCCGGCCUCACUGGGCCCGCGGCCGGGGCCGGGGCCGGGGCGGGCGGUGUCCGGGGCGCGCGGGCGGGGCUGGCUGCAGCGAAGCCACGAUACGGGCGUCAAGGUGUACAACAGCCUCACUGAGAAGGACCCUUUAAUCGUGGGCAGGGGACGCGCCUCCUGGUAUAGCUGUGGACCAACUGUUUAUGAUCACGCACACCUUGGCCAUGCUUGCUCAUAUGUUAGAUUUGAUAUAAUUCGAAGGAUCCUAACCAGAGUUUUUGGAUGCAACAUCAUCAUGGUCAUGGGAAUUACAGAUGUGGAUGAUAAGAUAAUUAAAAGGGCCAAUGAACUCUAUUUCUCAGGGAUGGGGAGGAGCAGGGGAGAGGAGGAUCCAGCCUGGAACAGAUGCUGGGUGAGUUCCAGUGGCUCCCGGGUCACUUCACAGGCAUGUCAAACUGAGGCCAAGCCCUCCCAGCUGCGGGAGCCGGUGGAGCCUCUGUGUGGCUCUGUUGUGCCGGUGGAGCCCCUGUGUGGCUCUGUUGUGAAUACUCCGGAUUGCCUAAUAGGCUCACCUAAUCUUCUUGCAGAUGAAGAAGAUUUUAAACAAGAUAUGGCAGCCUUGAAGGUUCUCCCACCCACAGUAUACUUGAGAGUAACUGAAAAUAUUCCUCAGAUCAUUUCUUUCAUUGAAGGAAUAAUUGCUAAUGGGCAUGCUUAUUCAACAGCAAGAGGCAAUGUCUACUUUGAUCUGCAGUCGAGAGGAGACAAGUACGGCAAGCUCGUCGGUGUGGCUCCUGGUCCUGUUGCAGAGCCAGGUGAUUCGGACAAGCGGCAUGCCAGUGACUUUUCCCUGUGGAAGGCAGCCAAGCCCCAGGAGAUCUUCUGGCCCUCUCCUUGGGGAAACGGAAGACCUGGCUGGCAUAUCGAAUGUUCUACCAUCUCAAGUUUGGUGUUUGGAAGUCAACUGGACAUCCACUCGGGUGGCAUAGACCUAGCUUUCCCGCAUCAUGAGAAUGAAAUCGCACAGUGUGAGGUCUUCCAUCAGUGCCAGCAAUGGGGAAAUUACUUCCUGCAUUCUGGACAUUUGCAUGUAAAAGGCAAAGAAGAAAAAAUGUCCAAAUCACUGAAAAACUACAUCACUAUUAAGGACUUUCUGAAGACAUUUUCCCCCGACGUCUUCCGGCUCUUCUGCCUGCGGAGCAGCUACCGGUCAGCCGUGGACUACAGCGACAGCACCAUGCAGGAAGCUCAGCACCUCCUCCGGGCCGUGGCCGCGUUCGCCCAGGAUGCUCGGGCCUACAUGAAGGGGCAGCUGGCUUGCAGGCCCAUCAGGGAAGACGUGCUGUGGGAGAGGCUCAACCACACACAGGCUGCUGUGAAGGCCGCCUUGGCGGACGACUUUGACACGCCUGGGGCGGUGGAUGCCGUCUUGGAUCUCAUUCACCAGGCGAACAGACAGCUGAAGGUGGUCACUAAGGAGCCUGGCGGUCCCAGGAGCCCUGCUGUGUUUGGCUCCAUCAUCUCCUACGUUGAGCAAUUUUUUGAGACGGUUGGAAUUUCUCUGGCAGAACGACAGUUUGUUUCAGGGGACAGCGGCUCAGCCACGCUGCACAGCGUGGUGGAGGAGUUGGUCCGAUUCCGGCUCAAGGUCCGGCAGUUCGCCCUGGCUACGGGAGAGGCUACCAAGGAAGCCCGGCGGCAGCUCCUAGAGAGGCAGCCCCUGCUGGAGGCAUGUGACACCCUGCGCCAGGACCUUGCCGCCCACGGCAUCAGUAUUAAGGACAGAAGCAGCACAUCCACAUGGGAACUGCUGGGUCAGAGGUCAGAAGACCACAAACCUGGGAGCUGAGGAUGCGUGAAGCGGGAACCACAGGCUCACAAUGCGGCUCUGUGCUUGCUUAAGUCCCUAUAGAAGCUUUACAUUAAAGUUUUCCAUUGUGACUAUUUAGUCAACAUUAAAAUAAGUCAAACUGAUACCAUU